UAAUGUUAUCGCUGUGUUAUAUACGUCACGAUUACUGGAAGAGAAAAAUAACGAAGCCAUUCUGUCAUCUGUCUUCUGUUUGGUUUUACUCUGUUGUAGUAAUUCAAGCUAGGAGAGGGUUUCAGGUGACGACUAAAGACGGUUUGGGGGGAAAACAGUUGACGACAACACAUGGUGUCAAGUGAAAAGCGUCAAACCCAGACGUCAAAUCCCUUCUCCCACUCAGGCAGUGUUCUCGUCGCAAGAAAAUAAAACUUGACGGCUGCUAGCGAAUGCAAAUUUGAUCAAGGGAGACUACCAGAAAAGAACGAGCAACCGCAUUUGCACGCACGAGAUCACCAAGCUAGGCAAAGCAUGAAACCGAAAAGAGAAAAAAAUAAUCACCUCCCUUACCGCUUCCAUCGAGUUCUCAUGAAUCUCUCUCUUCUCUCUCCCCUCUCCUUCCCUCUCUCUCUGUCUUCUCUCUCUCUCUCUCCUCUAACUCUAUCCCUCUUUCCCUUCCUGGAGGGGCAACCUUAUUGAUGUUCCUUCUGGGAAGUUUAUUUUGGCUCUAUAGACAAGCCUUGGGCAGCUACCGUAUGAUCAGAAGGAUUUUAAGAAGUGUUGUUUUCACGGUACAAGGCUACAAAAAGGGUGUACACAAAAGAGUUAAUCUGUUUGUUACUGCAGUGCUUUACAUUUUCAGAGAAAGGUAACAGUAUUUAUGUUUAUAAGUAGGCGUUUGUGUAUUAGACUGUAUUUGUUAAAUUAUAUGUUAUUUGGUCUGUUUUGUCAAAAUGUUGAGUUUCGUUUUUUUUUUUUUUGUUUUUUUGUUUUUUUUUCAAAGCACGGUGAUUCUAGCUUUAACUUGAAAAAUCGCGCUAAAAAACUUCUUUUUCUUUCUUCUUCUUAAUUAAUUUCAAUGAGCAUAAACAUUUAUUUACAUAUAAUAAAAUAAACAAAUUGCUAUCAGUGAAUUUUUUUUUAACGUAUCAAGUUUAAAUUUCCAUUUAUAGCAUCCAGUAAGUUGUUAGUUUAGUAAAGCACAUGCCCGUAUACACAGACACGCUCACACGCGCACACACAUACCACAAAUAAGAUUGUUCACUCACCGCACACACAGAAUUAAUUCUGCGACUACAACAUACAGCUGGAAGAGCCAAGCAUCGUCCAGGUCUGCGCUUUGAAGUUCUCCUUCCCAUAAUUCUUCAGCAGAGUCUGAAGCCCUUCAGCAGGACCCAUGGUCUAUUUUUCAAAUGAAUGCAAUUAUUUAAGCGUGCAGCAAGCAGCUGGAAUGAAAGAGGAGCCCGCCUCAACGUCUGGUCAGAGAGAAGAUCCAUUUUCCCAACGGAAAUACGAUCAUGUCUGCCAAUCAACAGUGAUUUCCGUACUUGCACCGAAGCGAGGUUUAGCAUCCUUUUGGGAGAAGAUCCAUCAAAAAACAAAAACUGUCAACCUGGUAAUCGUGGCGCAGUCACAUCUAAAAGUUUGCGAAAUCCUUUAAAAAGAAUUAUAAAGUGCAUUAAAUUGCUUCCCAUGUAGAAACAGAGUGAAAAGCAGUUGGCUUUAAUUAAACACGAUGGAGGCAAGAUUCUGAGCAUGAAAGAUCAGCAAAGGGAGUUCACAGGCCAUUUUUAUGGCUUAACGGACGUUUCCAGAACUAUUUAGAGCCCUAAUGAAUACUUGAAAUAGAAAGAGAAGUAUCGUGCUGAAAGUGCUAACUCAAUUGGGAAAUACAUUCUAAAACAAUGAAAACGUAAACCGACUUUAUUCUCUUGCUUUUUUUUCUGGGUUUUUUUUGUUUUGUUUUUUGUUUUUUUUGGUUUUGUUUUUUUUGUUUGUUUUUUUUUGUUUUGUUUUGUUUUGAUUUUUGGUUUUUUGGUUUUUGUUUUGUUUUUUGGUUGUUGUUUUUUUUAAAUCUGCAGAUUGAUUAGCUGCAGCAUACAGAAGUCAGACACCAUGAGAUUUUUUUUACCUAAAAUUUUAAUUCACUUGAAUUGAGUGAUAGACCUCCACCAGUCUCAUCCUCGCCUUUGGAGAUUCACUGUUUUAGAUACACAUGCACGUCAGCAAAAAAAAAAAAAAAAAAAAAAAAUCCAAAUGAGGAAACUGCAGAUAUUUUCGCUAAUAGUUCUCAAAUAUUGAGACGAUAUUUAGGGUACCUUCCCACCAACAGACCUGCUCUUUCCUUUUUUGAGCAAGCCCAGCAGAAGAGAUGAGGAAAUGUUGAGAUAUAGCUCUGUGUCAAUGUAUUUAUUGAAGAAGGCCUUGUAGGACAUGAAGGUGGAUGGCAAUCUGUGUGGGACAUGGUCCCGAAAUCAGAGGACAGAAACGGAAAACGUUUUGCGUGUGAGUUGAGUUGGCGGGGGUUCGGGAGGGGGGAGGCAGAUGGCGGUUGGAAGGGUGGAUGACUCUUUAGAUAGUCUGGCACUGAAUGCUCCUUGCCUCAGCCUCCAACGACGGGAGAAUUGAGGAAGAAUGGGACAGGAGAUUACAAACGUCUUGUGGCCGCCUGCUGGAUGGUGGCAGUCUUUGUGCCAGCAUGGUCUUGACGUUAAGAUCGUUUGCAUAUUUGAUGAGCUGAAAGGCUCUGCCUGCCUAUAUAAGGUCCGUGUGGACGGACAUGAAGCUCUUUCUCUCUGUUCUAAUAAAAAGAUAUCACUUUCUGGAAGAUAUCAUCAGACUGUAUGUUUAGUUUUAGUUUAUUCCUUUUUGCUCCUGGAGGAGCAUAGAGCGCAAAAAGAUUGUAGAUAGGUUUGUUGUUUUUUUUUUCAUCUAAGCAACCACGAGGUUCAGCGUUUACUCUAAAUAAAUAUAUCAGAAAUAAACAGCCACCUUGUUUCGGUUAUAGAAUCUUCUCGAAGAGUCCAGUUUGUGGAUGUAACGAAGGCUUUCCGUGAAAUGUCUCACUCACAGGUCUGCUAUGCUUCAGGGUCAAAGGGUGUGUCUUAUUUAUUACUCAUUUGUGUACUGCUUGGGCGCCUGUGUAUGGCGUCCGUCCGUGAGAUGCAACAUUCAGAAGACGGAGAGUUCUCUUACUCUGUACCUCUGGACAGCGAAGGUCACCUAAAGCUGCUGUGGAAAGUAAGCUAUGAGUCUAAACUAGUAUACUUCCGGUUGCGCGCGCACUUUCGCAAACCGGCAUGGUUUGGUGCUGGAUUCUCCGAUCACGGGGAAGUGGCUUCGGCAGAUGUUUUUAUUUUCUGGACCGAAAUCAACGGGCUCCAUCAUUUUCAGGACGGUUGGACCGACCAAGAUGGCUUCAUAAACAUAGACACACAGCAGGACUACAAGCUGAAAGCCUCGUUCAGAGAUGACGAUGAGAUGGUCCUCGAUUUCUCCCGCGCCUUUGACACGUGCGACGACAAAGAUUAUCAGUUCGACAAUGGCACGACACACAUAAUCUAUUUCAUCGGGGAAGGCAGUCCUAGUGGCAUCAACGACAUCCAGGUACCGACAUUGCUCCACGGGGUUCAGCGAGUACAGCUGCUGAAGCCUGAUUGGCCUGACGUCAAGAUGCCUGAUGACGUCACAGUUAUUGACAUCACAGUUCCUUCUAUCCACGUGCCUUCGAGGGAGACAACGUAUUGGUGGUACGUAGCUCGUCUUCCCUCGUUCCGGACAAAACAUCACGUGAUCAAGUACGAAGCCGUCAUUGACAAGGGGCAUGAAGGCUUGGUCCACCACAUGGAGCUUUUUCACUGUGAGGUGCCUCCAGGUACCCAGAUACCAGAGUUUAACGGACCGGGACCAGGUAAGGGGGAGGAGAAGCCAUCACGUUUGUCCAGUUGUCAGCAGGUGCUUGGCGCCUGGGCCAUGGGGGCAAAGGCUAUGGUGUACCCAGAAGAGGCUGGAAUACCUGUUGGGGGAGAGCACUUCUCACCCUUUGUCCUUCUUGAGAUUCACUACAACAAUCCAAGUCGCAUACCAGAUCUCGUCGACUCCUCGGGAAUGCGCUUCUACGUGACGUCAAAGCUGCGCGAGGACGAUGCUGGCCUUCUGCAGAUUGGAUUAGAAUACACGGACAAAAUGGCCAUCCCUCCUCACCAAAAGCUCUUCACUUUGACAGGAUACUGUGUUCCUCAAUGCACGCGAGUGGCAUUGCCUCCAUCUGGAAUCACCAUCUUUGCGUCCCCUCACUCGCAUUUAACAGGACGCCGCAUGCGCACAAAGCAUAUCCGGUUUGGUGUGGAGCUUCCGGAAGUGAAUCGGGACGAUCACUACAGUCCUCAUUUCCAGGAAAUUCGCCGUCUGCAGCAUCCUGUCAAAGUGCUGCCUGGAGACGCUCUGAUAACAUAUUGCGAUGACAGUACGUUCGAUCGUGAUCACGUGACAACGGGAGGUUUAUCCAUCCAACAGGAGAUGUGUGUUAACUACGUCCACUACUACCCUCGUGUCAAGCUUGAAUUGUGCAAAAGCUCAGUGGACACUCGUACUCUCAACGCCUUUUUCAACUUUAUGAGUGUGAUGGAGAACGAAGAAACGGCUGCUGACAAAACUCCCUCAGACAACUAUGAAAAGAUUUCUUGGACGCCUCUGAACGUUCAUUUGCUGAAAGCUUUGUACCGGGAAGCGCCGUUGACUGUUUUAUGCAACCGUUCAGAUGGCACAAGUUUUCCAGGAGAGUGGGAAGGUGUGACAAAGCCUCGGAUACAAAUACCAAUUCUGGAACCUGCGCGGGAAUGUUCCAAGAAAAUGGCGGGCUCAAGAAGAAAUCCAUCUUCACUCGUUUGUCUACCAAAUCACACCAAGGUGGGCGAAGCCAGCAUCACCUUUGUGUCCUCCAUCAGGAAUCUGGGAUUCAUUGUCACUGCAGACAUGACUCUUACCGCUGUCUGCCAGUCGGCCUAUUAUGAUAAACAAGUGACAGCUCUUGUAUGAGCACUUUCAUCUUUCGAGAACGGUUGAGCAUUUUAACAUUUCUCGAAAUAAAGGCAUUUGACAAAAGAAGAAUGUCUAUCAUGAAUGAAUGAAGCGAGUGAUAAAGUGAAUGAGUGAGUGAAUAAGCCGAUGUAAUGAUACUGAAGUCGAUGUUAUGUCCACUAUUAAUUAAACAGUUUGAUAAACUCAGUACCUCCAUUCU